CUAGGCUUUCUCGUCAUGCACUUUCUUCUGUUUGCAGUCUGCACUCUCAUAGGAAUAGAAAUCAUAGAACCCUUGACAAGAGGAAAGCUUGAUUCCUUCUUGUACACUAUGAUACRAAAUAUUUGGCCAACAAUCCUAUUUUCGUUGUUACUCUUCUUAUCUCAGUAUUUGAUGGCCAAGUUUGUUUUUCUUCAUGACAAAGGAGCAACAUUGACUCUUAAUAAUAGGCGACUUUUUCACAUUUUCACCUAUUUCCUGUUCUUCUUCAACAUUUUUCUUGGAGUGGUAUCUUUGUUAAAGAGGAUUAUAGUCUGCAUUGCAAUUUGGAUUAUGUUCCUUGGACGACUUCAAAAGAGUUUGGUACCAAGGGAUUAUGAACUUUGUGAUCCUGGUUACGAGGCUUAUCUAGGGUAUCUUUACUUGGAGCACACACAUUCUAACCCUGUACUAGUCACGUUCUGCCGUAUACUUCUCGUGGUGGUCAGCCGCAAGACAAAGUUCUCAAGAUCAUCAGAAAACUUUGAACUCCUAGAAGUCGAAGGACACCCGAGGGUUUCCUUUUCGUUUCUCUACCAAGAGCGUAGAAGCAAGAGAAUAAGGAACCGUUGGGCUCUUCUAAUGACGCUCAUAAAUAACCCUGCUUUAGCACUUGACAGAAGAGCGGAAAAAUUUGUAUCGCGACUGCCUUUGCAGGCAUUAGUGAAUGUAGCGAAUGCCUACACUGAAAUCACCGCUGAAUUAAUAAAAAGAAAAAAAGUCAAAAGACGACAUGAAAAAGACACACAUUAUGAAGACGAAGUUGUACUUUAAUAGUAUAGUAGACAAUAUAUAUUAGAAUAACUUGAAUUCAAACCCCACGUUACACAGAUCAUUCCCUUUAUACCAUCGAUUAAGAAUUCCGGUCCAGAUUCCUUGCAUGUAUUCUCACAGUUAUUAAUCUUUAUUAAGACGCAAAUAAAUUCAUAGCUAAAUUUAACCUUACAUUGUGUUUUAUCUAAUUGAAAAUCAGGUCACAUGCAUGAACCACAAAAAUCACUACAAUUUUUAGUUUUACUUGUGCUGUCUAGCUAUGUUUAUUAUUUUAGCUUCAUUACUUUUAUCGAUUUUAGACCUCUUCGUCGUAUACUGGUACUGGUACAUAAGCUGGGGGGUUUGUGGGAGCUGGUGUAGGAGCGUCGGUUUGUACUGGCUGAUAAGC